GGGAGGGCCGCCCGUAGCAGAGCGCGGGGACGUCCUCGUCGGUCUGCCUCUCCCUUCAGCGGGCGGGGAUCGCGCAACACCCACCGCAGGGCCCGCCGGAACCACCUCGGCAGGUGGCGGCCGUCGACGCGGAAGCCCCGAGGGUCCGAAGUUCAAGGUCUAGGUCGCCGUUCUGCUCUGCUGCACGUCGAGGCGUCGCGGGGAUUCGCUUGCCGCGGUUUGUCACAGGACUCUUCGUACGCUCUCGGGGCCCCUUUUUUCGUGGAUUGUGAAAACAAGUGCCAAAAUGGUGGUUCUCUCUAAGGAGUACGGUUAUGUGAUCCUCACUGGUGCUGCUAGUUUUGUCUUGGUAAUGCACCUAGCAAUAAAUGUGGGGAAAGCACGCAAGAAAUACCGUGUGGAGUACCCAAACAUGUACAGUACAGAUCCAGAAAAUGGCCACAUUUUCAACUGUAUCCAGAGAGCACAUCAAAACACGCUGGAAGUGUAUCCCCCCUUUUUGUUCUUUCUUGGAAUAAGUGGAAUUUACCACCCGCGUGCUGCUACAGGACUUGGCAUAGCGUGGAUCAUAGGAAGAUUGCUAUAUGCCUAUGGCUAUUACACAGGGAAUCCCCAGAAGCGAAGCCGGGGAUUCCUUGGUUCACUCGCACUCCUUGGUUUGGCAGGGACCACUGUACACUCAGCUUUCCAUCACCUUGGCUGGGUCCGCUGUGACUAGACACCAUAUACGUAAUCUGUGGCUCCUCAAGAAUUCUUUCAAAGAUGCCAUUUUUAUAUUACACAUAAAUAAAAACCUUUCUUGAUAAGA